AUGAUGGAGGAAGCAUUCUUACGGGAUUCCAAGACUUUGAAGCGGGUUGCAGCGGUAUUAAAGGAAAAGUCUCACAUAUUGCAGGAUGCAGACAAAGUUGAACUUACGCGCCUAGAGCACGUCAUCUGUGAUACUUUACGGGCAAUUGAGCGUAUCUUGGAACCAAAGUCAUCUAGUAUGGAGAUAUCGAGGAUGUUAAACGAUCCCGAAUGCGCCGCCACGCCCUUGGGCAGCUUUAUUCCCAAAAAUCUUAGGCCUGGGUUUAAACGCACUUUUUUCUACAGCCCAGAGGCGCCCUACGCGCGAGCGCGUGAUAAAAGUGGCUCAUUUAGAAUCGCACCUCCUACUCCAACACAGGAUAGGGUCUUCGCGAAGCGCUCAGUUCACUCUGCUAGCAAAGACUCUCAAAUUCAACGCUCUGUUUCCAUCAACUUUCUGCUGCAGAAUUUGGCUUUAAUCGAGAACCUUCGCAACCUACAGAGGCUUGGGCAAGGCCCAUGA